ACUGGGAACCUUAAAGUCACGCUUGGGUGAAGUUAGUAAUGAUUCAUCUCCACGUCUUAAACAUUAAGUGGUGCUCUGGAAAACCAGCGUCAGUUUAACGCCACCUGAGCGGGGCACGUGAACUUUGGUUGUCGCGAGCCGGGGAGGAGCAGCGCGCGGAGCGUUAGCCGCUUUAGCUCGAGAGCUCCGGGUGACGGCAGCCGUCAGGAAGAGGCGUCACUCCCCGCACCAGCGCCACUCUGAACAGGGUACGAGGGGGAGACGGUCUGCGGCCAUGGCUGCCCUCGGUAACACGGGGGCUACCUCGAGUCCUAUGGUGAUCCUGGCGCCCAAGACGAAGACGAAGAAGAAGCACUUCGUGCAGCAGAAGGUGAAGGUGUUUCGAGCUAGCGACCCCGUGCUGAGCGUCUUCAUGUGGGGCGUCAAUCACUCGAUUAAUGAUCUCAACCAGGUGCCCGUUCCUGUCAUGCUGCUGCCCGAUGACUUCAAAGCCAACACCAAGAUCAAAGUCAACAACCACCUCUUCAACAAAGAAAACCUCCCAGGACAUUUCAAGUUCAAAGAGUACUGCCCUCAGGUCUUUCGAAAUCUAAGGGAACGGUUUGGUAUUGAGGAUCUGGACUAUCAGGUGUCGUUGACCCGCAGCCCCCCUUUCAGCGUUGAUGAUCAGGGAGAAGGUCUGCUCCUCAACUCUUAUGACCGGACGCUGGUAGUUAAGCAGAUCUCCAGUGAGGAUGUUGCAGACAUGCACAACAUCCUGUCCGAGUAUCACCAGCACAUAGUGAAGUGUCACGGUAACACGCUGCUGCCGCAGUUCCUGGGUAUGUAUCGCGUCACCGUGGACAGCGAGGAGACCUACCUGAUCGUCAUGAGGAACAUGUUCAGCCACAGACUGGUGGUACACAGGAAGUAUGACCUGAAGGGCUCUCUGGUGGAUCGGGAAGCAAGCGACAAAGAGAGGGUAAAAGAGCUUCCUACUUUCAAAGACAUGGACUUCAGGAACAACAUGCAGAAGGUGUACGUGACUGAGGAGGAGAAGGAGAAGUUCAUGGAGAAGCUGAACAGAGAUGUGGAGUUUCUAGUGAGGCUGAAGAUCAUGGACUACAGCCUGCUGCUCGGCAUCCACGACAUAGGACGAGCUGAACGGGAGGAGGAGGAGUGUGAGGAGGAGGUCAAAGAGGAAGAACCGGAGGCAGAGAAUGGCCUGGCACCGGGACCUACGGUGGGCUCUUACGGCAACUCUCCGGAGGGAAUCGCUGGUUACAUGUCCUCCGUCAAACCUCUGGGGCCCGGGGAGUUCGACUCCUAUGUGGACGUGUACGCGAUUAGAAGCUGUCCAGGAGCCCCUCAGAGGGAGGUCUACUUCAUGGGCCUGAUUGACGUGCUCACGCAGUAUGACACCAAGAAGAAAGCUGCUCACGCAGCAAAAACUGUCAAACACGGGGCUGGUGCUGAAAUAUCCACAGUCCACCCUGAGCAGUACGCCAAAAGGUUUCGUGAUUUCAUGUCAAACAUAUUUGCAUAACACUGCCACAAGUCAGUCCAACUGAGAGCUAAGUCUUCUAGACCAAAACUAGUAUGCACACACAGAUCAUUCUUUAGAUUUGAUGAUCUGACGCAAGACUUAAGUUGUAGCAAUAUAAUAUACUACUUCUGAUGCAUCUAUUUAUUUUUAAGAUUUAAGUUGUAUUUCUGUAGCUGUUAAACACUUAAUGAAAUAACUCUGGAGCAAUAGGGUACCUGCUCUUGAUCAGUGUUGAAAGUGUUAAACUACGUCUGUGUUAGAUCAGGUAUCAUUACAUGUGUCUUUUCCCUCCGCUUUACUCUGGUUUUCCAGCUGUGAACUUAACUUUGGAUUGUUUAAAAUUUAGCUUUUUUUUUUUUUUUUUUUUUUUUUUUUUUUUUGCAGAGGAUUAGGUGAGAACAUUCAUGUGUGAAAUAAGAGAUGUUGGCUUAAAGCUUAGAAUAAAAGCAGGAAGUAGAGAGGAAUGGCUUGUAAAGGUCUUUCCCAAGGUAACAAAAAUCUACUUACAUGCACCUCUAAAACUCGGUAGAGAAAACCUCGACUUUAACAUCACUGAGUUGGAUGAUAACUGCUGAGUGCUGAUAUAUUCGCAGAUUAGCGGUUUGUGUAUAAACCUCAACCACCAUUCAUAUAGGAUCUGAAAUCUCCAUCACUGUCUGAGUUGUUCUGGCUCUGGCUAAACACGAUAAAAGAGAAGGAGGCGCCACAUCGAGUCUGCGUUACAAAUACCCCCAAAAAUGCCAGUGAGGGGUGGGCAUUUCAAGCAAAACAAAAUAUUCAGUUUUCACUGGGAACUUGGUUUCCCAAUACCCAAACUCAAGUGAUUUCACAUAGUUGUGGCAGACUUUAUCUGGCAGAGUUUGUACUGAUCCUCGUUUAUUAUUUCACACAAAGACUUUUUGAAAGCUGUCAUUUUUUAAUGUUUCUCCUGUUUGCAAAGCGCCGUCUAAUCUCCCCGUCUCUCAUUGGUUUUACUAAUCUGACUCCCAGCAGUUAUCAGCAUGUUCUUCUUCUGUUUUUCUUUAAUGAUCGCUGACAAACAGCUUCUGUGUGCGUUGCUGCUACCCAAGUUUCUGGCCUUCACGCAAGUCAUAGCUCAAUUUGUACUACCAAAAAGAAUAUUUUAGGACCAAAUAAACUAUUCAGGGUUUUGUUUUUUGGUAACUUAACGACUAUUUAAAUAUUCCAAAAUCAUGCACAUACCUACUCCGAGAACAUCAUCAAAUUUCCCAAACAUAAACUGUAUAAUCUGUUUAUAAUAAAUCUACCAAAAUCUAUAAAUAAAUACAUAACCUGAAAAUUAAUAAUACAAAAAUAACAGAUAAACGACCACGCUUCCAAAAUAUAUUCAUCACUUGAUGUGGUAGAAAGGACCGUUUCAUAAAAUCUCCCAAAUUUUGGUUUAAUGAAUUGAGCAAAAAAUGUGGUGACAAUGAAGUCCGUAGCAUAUGAUUUCCAUCAUUUUCAUUCAUUCAUUCAUUUUCAUGAACCCCUUGUGCUCUACUGCCAUUUCCCACACACACUAAUGCUCUUUGCCACUAACAAGGCCAUAAAACCGACAGUGGUUCAGAUCUUUGGGUUUGUUUAAUUAACAAAUUGUUGAUGUUGACAUCAUCCAUUCUUAAAGACUUGCAGCUCGGUGAUUUCUCAAGCAAAGUGCAGUGAAAAGUCCAAACGUUUGACCCUCAAGUCUUUACAGGCUCAAGUUGACUCAAACCAUAACAAAGCCACCAUUUCUCCUUAGCAGAGUUUUAAGGGUAGUAGAGCCUGAGUGAUGUUCUAUUUGAAAGUUUCUUGGUUCACUGGCUUAAGUAUAAUCAGAUUUAUCUUUUUUGAAAAUUCACUAAGUGAAGCGCUCCCCCCCCCCCCUCAGUUAAACUCCAUCUUGCACAAGCACUAAAGCAGAGCGGCCUGGAAACUGAAAUGCAAGCUGGACAAAACCUUAUAAGAAAUACUUGCGUCUGCUGGUUUUACUUAAAGCACUGAGCAAUAACUGAAGGCAACUACAUGUUUGAAUCAACUUCUCCUUCUCUUAUCGUGGGUGGAUAAUCUUAAGAUGAUGUUCAGGAAGGACUCUUAGGAAAUUAGUCUAAAAUUUGACAUGAACUUCUACUUCUUUUUUCUUUUUGAUGACAGACCAUCCAAAUGACGGUGAGCUUUAGAGGUGCCAGUAGGCAAAUGUUCUCAUGUAACUGCAUUUCCCAAAACUUAUUCCUCAAACCCUGGGAUCUUUAACCGAGAUUGGUAUUAAAAGUAGUAGUAGUAGUUUCAAUUCUGCACUUGAAGAAUAUUAUUAUUUAUGUAUAGAAGGAAUCCAUUUUGAUUUAUAGUGCCAAAAGUGUGGGAUCAAAGCUUUAUAAAAAGCAAGAUUUAGAGUUAGUCUUUUGCUGCAGAGCAGGUAAAUGUAACACAGUGGAUCAAAUACUGAUUUCCACCAAAACCUUUAUUAGAUUUAUAAUAAAAAUGUGUAGGACAGGCUUGUUGCAGUUAAAUGACCAAAAGAAUAGAAAGCAUAUCAGAUCAUUUAGCCUGUAAACAUCUCUUAGCCUGUUAGAGCGUAAGGUGAUCUAUGAAGGUGCAGAUAUUUAAGGGUCAGUUCUGCCUUUAAAAAAAAAUAUCAAACAAAAUGUUGUUGUUGUAAAAUAAAUAUGAAAACAGCUUCUGAGAAUGAGCCCAUCCAUCAUGAUUCUGACUCCUGAUGUAGUAUUUUGUCUUAAUGUGACAUUCGCUACAUGAAUCAUUGUGAUAGGAUCUAGAAAAAAAGUAGAGGUAGGAUUAUGAAGGUGUGUGUGUGUGUGUGUGUGUGUGUGUGUGUGUGUGUGUGUGUGUGUGUGUGUGUGUGUGUGUGUGUGUGUGUGUGUGUGUGUGUGUGUAUGUAAUGUAAUGAUAUGAGAUUUAGUGAUAACCAGGGUACUGUGUGAAACACUCUUGACAUAAACACUACAUUUCAGUAGCUUAGCCUUACGGCAGUGGGAUAAUAAACAACAUUCCUGAACACUGACAGGGCAGUGAUACUCUCUGUGUGAUGCCUCAUCCACUCUAUGAUUGCACAUGUAUUUUUACAAAUCAGCUUUUGGACCAAAAUAUAUUUUACCAAGAA